GCAAAGCUGACCAUUUUUUUUUAUUAUUCAAAUCUACCCCUUGAUAUGUAAAUGGAACGUUCAGUAAUAGAUACAGAUGCUGAAGAUGUUCACGAUAAAUUAAGAAAACCUGCAGAUUGUGCUGUUUUGUUCCGUUGCUUUUCUAUAUAUACAGAAACUGCUGAUUGGCACAUUAUGUAUGUGAUCACCAUGCAGAAUGUGAACAGUACUAUGAAAUAUUAAUGAGCAGUAGAACAUUUCAAAAUGACUUCACAUCCCUUAACAACACACGCUGUAACAUUUACAUCAAAGAUCAGAAAUCUGCGAGAUUAUCAUUACAGUGUCUCUAACAAUUUGACACCUCAACCUACAGGUGUUGAUAUUGCUAACACCCUAAAAUAUUUCUCACAAACACUGCUCAGUAUUCUGAAGGAUGUACCUAACAUACCAGCAGAGAGCUAUGGUCCCGGUCAAAGAGACAGUGUCCGUCUGUCUGUAUUCCCAAAUAAUAACUAUUCUGGACUGUACAAGGCCUCCUUAAAUAUGAUAGACCUUGUUCCUGUCAUACAAAUUGGACAGUUAGAGCUGGGUGAAGCAGUAUUGAAUGUUCUCGGCUGUCUGGUUCCAUUCUUAGAGAAUGACCUACUGGAUUCCCUUCCCUACACAGUGGCCUCAACACUCGCAAUAUUCCCUCCAACAUUACACAAAGAUACCAUUGAUUUACUCUGUAGCAACUUACUUCCAAUGACACUGGGUUUUGAAGGUUGUUCGGAGCCGACAUAUGCCAGUGAAUCUGCUGCUGCUAUAAUUACUAUGGUGUUUCAACAUACAGAUAAUGGAUCAUACCAUUCCCAAAUACUGGAGUGUUUUAUGAGUCUAAAAAAAGAUAUCAUCAAAGACGUACUAAGCAUUAUUGCAUAUGGACCACCGUCGGCUCGAGCACCAGCCGCGAACCUUCUCUUCUACUAUUGGCCGCAGCUGAACCCUUCUCUAUCAGACAGACGUGGUAUUCAUUAUAAAUACAGUGCCUGGCCCCCAGUGCUGUGUCAACGUGAAGACUGUGUCAAUUCAGGCAAAUGUCAAGCUGUCAAG